AUGGGCGAUACGCACAUCAGCGGUCGUGACGGCGGUCGUGACGGCGGUCGCGACAGUGGACACGGCGGUAGACGCAGUGGCAAACAUGAUGGCGGACGCAACGGCGGACGCAACGGCAAGCGUAAAGGCAGACGCAACGGUGCGUCCAGAGAGCAGCAGAACGAAGGCGGCGAAGCCAACGGCCCGCCCAACGAGCCCGACGUCGAAGAAGAAAUAACUCUUCCUGGCGAUCCCACCAUUCCCUUCUUGGCCAACCAGCAGAUGCGUAAUGGAGAAAGAUACAGCACGUUCGAGGGAGGCCUAGGGAAUGGGUACUCCUAUGCCGGCCAAAAUGAGUUCAUUCUAGGCAAUGGAGGCCGAGAGAAUGCGCGCUCGUAUAAUGAACCCAUGGCAGGAGCUCAGCAACAGGGCAAUAACGGCCUCGCUCCGGGUGGCCAGCUCGCUGGACUCGACGACCUCGAUCGUUAUAGCCCACUAGGCACGUGGGCGGGCGAUGUUUCGAGGGGAUAUAAUGCCUGGACCGACCGUUUUUUAGACAGCGGCCCGAACGGCGGGCCGCCGGCUCGGAACGCUUAG